AUGUUGGGAUCCCUGCUCUUUCUUGCACCCCUCGUGGGUGCUGCAGCUGUUGACUCAAAUGCAUCACAUCGCGAUUGUCCUGGCUACAAGGCCUCGAACGUCAAAAAGGAUGCGGGAUCUCUAACGGCAGACUUGACCUUGGCGGGUACGCCUUGCAACAGCUACGGAGAGGACUUGAAAGACCUGAAGCUUCUCGUGGAAUACCAAACCGAUGAACGUCUACAUGUGAUUAUAUACGAUGCCGACGAGCAGGUAUACCAGGUCCCCGAAUCCGUUCUUCCCCGUGUGGGUGGGGGUAGCGGGUCUAGUGACACAUCGGCCCUCGAGUUUGAUAUAGUGGAAGAGCCAUUCUCGUUUGUCGUUUCGAGAGAUGAGGAGGUCCUGUUCAAUACCUCUGCAUCAAAGCUCGUUUUCCAAUCCCAAUACCUGAAUCUGCGUACCUGGCUCCCCGAGGAUCCGUACCUUUACGGACUGGGAGAGCACUCGGACCCUAUGCGCUUGCCUACGAACAACUAUACUCGCACACUCUGGAACCGCGACGCUUACAGCACGCCCAACGGGACGAAUCUCUACGGCAGCCACCCCGUCUACUAUGAUCAUCGUGGCGAAGCUGGCACUCACGGUGUUCUACUCUUAAACUCCAACGGUAUGGACAUCAAGAUUAACAGAACCAAAGACGGUCAGCAGUACCUCGAAUACAACACUUUGGGUGGAGUCUUCGACUUUUACUUCUUUACCGCGCCCACUCCUAAGGAGGCCAGCAUUGAGUAUGCCAAGGUUGUUGGCCUUCCGGCGAUGCAAAGCUAUUGGACUCUGGGACUCCACCAAUGCAGAUACGGCUAUCGAGAUGUCUAUAAUGUGGCCGAAGUGGUGUACAAUUACAGCCAAGCCGAAAUUCCCUUGGAAACCAUGUGGACAGACAUCGAUUACAUGGACCGGAGGAGAGUGUUUACGCUUGACCCGGAAAGAUUUCCGCUGGAAAAGAUGCGUGAGCUCGUUACCUACCUCCAUAACCACGACCAGAAGUAUAUCGUGAUGGUUGAUCCCGCAGUUAGCGUCAGCAACAACUCCGCGUAUACCAGUGGUUUGAGUGAAGAUGUCUUUCUUCAUCACCAGAAUGGAAGUAUUUAUGAAGGUGCCGUCUGGCCUGGCGUGACUGUCUUCCCGGAUUGGUUCAACUCCAAUACCCAGGAGUACUGGAAUGCACAGUUUGCGCAAUUCUUCAAUGCUACUUCCGGAGUUGACAUUGAUGGUCUUUGGAUCGACAUGAACGAAGCGUCCAACUUCUGCCCUUACCCGUGCACGGAUCCUCAAGCUUUUGCAAUCUCCGAUGAUCUUCCGCCUGCUGCGCCUCCUGUUCGAGCCAGUAGCCCUCGCGUUCUGCCUGGGUUUCCCGAGGAUUUCCAGCCUGCCAAACGAUCGACUGCCAAGGGUCAAGGAACUAAGGGAGCUAAGAUCGGUCUGGCUAACCGGAACCUUACCGACCCGAAAUACCAGAUCCAGAAUGCCGCCGGUGUGAUUAGUAUGAACACGAUUCAGACCGAUAUCAUCCACGCAGAAGAGGGUUACGUUGAGUACGACACGCACAACUUGUACGGGACGAUGAUGAGUACUGCCUCUCGCGAUGCCAUGGCCCUCCGCCGCCCGGACGUCCGACCUUUAAUCAUCACCCGCAGUACAUUUGUCGGCGCGGGAUCCCACGUUGGCCACUGGCUGGGCGACAACAUCAGCGACUGGGAGCAUUACCGGAUCUCCAUCGCCCAGAUCUUAGCGUUUGCCUCGAUGUUCCAGAUUCCCAUGGUGGGUGCGGACGUGUGCGGCUUCGGCGGCAACACCACCGAGCAGCUCUGCGCUCGAUGGGCAUCCCUGGGCGCGUUCUACACGUUCUACCGCAACCACAACGAGAUCAACGACAUCUCCCAGGAGUUCUACGUCUGGCCCACCGUGGCCGAGUCCGCGCGCAAGGCAAUUGACAUCCGCUACCGCCUUCUCGACUACAUCUAUACCUCUCUCUACCGGCAAUCUCAGACCGGCGAGCCUUUCUUGCAGCCACUGUUCUAUCUGUACCCGGAAGACAAGAACACCUUCGCCAACGACCUCCAGUUCUUCUUUGGGGACGCUAUCCUCGUCAGCCCGGUCACGAAAGAGAAUUCUACUUCCGUGGACGCCUACUUCCCCGACGACAUCUUCUACGACUGGUAUACUGGGGAAGCGCUGCGAGGAGAGGGUACGACGGUCACGCUCAAGGACAUUGACUACACGCACAUCCCCAUCCACAUCCGUGGAGGCAACAUCCUGCCGGUGCGGGUCGCCAGCGCCAUGACUACGACCGAGGUGCGCAAGAAGGGAUUCGAGUUGGUGAUUGCCCCGGGUCUGGAUGGGACCGCGUCUGGCAGUCUGUAUCUUGAUGACGGAGACUCGGUUGAGCAGUCCGAGACGACGGAGAUCACUUUCCAGUACAGCCAAAAGAAUUGCGAGCUGCAAGUCUCCGUGGAGAACGGGUCCACGCUGCAGGUGAACAUGAUUACGCUGCUGGGCGAGUCGGGGAAGAAGACCUUCGAGCAUGGGUUCAGUCUGAGCGAGUCGAUCAAUCUAAGGAUUUAG